AUGUCCACGUUAAUCCCGUUUCGCGACAAACGCCUACCACCCAUGCCAGCAACAGCUACAGCUUCGAUUGAAGGUCUGUUGGCUGGUUUGGCUCAACAGCAAUCAGAUGACACGUCUGAUGGAAGCUUCACUCCUACCUCUUCGAGAGUCGGUCGGUCUCGGUCACCCUCCACUAUACCGGCUAGACAGCCGGUGCCCAAGAAGAUCGGACUCAAGGCUGCUCGGCAAGGUAUUUUCCAGUCCAUCUAUGACCUUCUAAAGCUACGAGAAGAGGAGCGGGAGAUCCUAUCUUCCCAGACAGACGAGAGAGAUAAUGCUCUUCAUGAAAUCCAGGGAUUCACCACUCGAAGGAGUGGCUUGGAAGAAUCAAUCUCCAACAUUCAUAACAAUCGAGACAAUCAACGAGCUAAACACCUACAAGAAGAGGCCCGAACCCUCGAAACUGACAUUCACGAAUUGGAAACCAGACUGUAUGAGAUGAAAGCUCGACAUCGGCAUAUCGUCGGCCAGAUUUCCCAUAUUGAGAAUUCCGUCGAGGCUAAACUAUCCUCUUACACCGAAUCCCUAUCUAUCCUCCAGAAAGAUGUCCAAACUUAUCUCCGCGAUCCUCCCGUCCAACCUCUCUCGCAGCGCAAUAAUGGCCAAGCUACAUUCUACACUCUGAACCCCAAACGUCGGACUCUUGAGAUGGCUCAGGAGCACUGGAAGUCAGAGCAGGAGAACAUCCGUGGGAGACAGGAUGAAGUAGAGGCGGAGAUCAUGGCUCUAGAAGAAGGCGGCGGGGUCUGGAAACAGGCCAUCGCUGACAUUUCCAAUUUUGAGAAAAAUCUCAGAGCCAGCAUGCGGCAAUAUAUACAACUGGAUACAGGCUCUCAUGAUGGAAGCGCUACGGAGUCGAAAGCAGAAGUUGCUGCGGGUGUGGCCAACGAUUUGGAUAAGGUCACCCAGGCGCUCGAGGCUCACUUAGAACUCUCCGAAAGCAAAGAUUGGAAAUUACUUGUUUGUUGCCUUUCAGCAGAGUUGGAGGCUCUCCGAUCAGCGCACGAACUACUUCUUCCAGCUUUUGGCCUGUCUGUCCCCGAGGAGAAAGGCAAGCAAGCUUCGUCACCAUCUCCAGAUGGGGAAUCGGCUAGCAAGUCUGUAGAUACGCAAGAGGAGACCUCGGAGUAUGAGAAUGACCUCGAGCCCCCCGAUGAUCUCCUGAAAGAUGCCGAUCAUGAAGCCAACCAUACGGAUGCCGCAUCACGGUCUGAAGAUGAUGAACCGGAUCCAGCUUGGUUACUGCCGGAGUCUUGA